CGAGCGCGCCGGGGAGCGCAGCUGCGGGCGUGGGGGUGGCAGGAGCCGCGGAGCCGGCACCGAGAGCGGCUGCGGCUGGAGCCGGCGGUCGAGACAAAGGCGACGGGCCAGUUGCAAGUCUGUGGAUGUUUGACUGACACCUGGAACCCAAAUGAGAGGAAACCUUCAAGGAACAACUUUUAUUGACAGUGAGUCUGUAGUCAUCUGUAUGCAUAAUAUGGAAUGUUCUCAACCCAGAGAUAGCUAAAUGGGUGACUCCAUUGACAAGGAGUGACUACCUGUUAGACGCCCUGAGUCAAGACAACAAUUUUUAUACCUUCCUGGUGGUUGAGAAACGAGUAUCUGUAGAACGAGAAGCAAAGAAAGGAAAACAGAUUGACUUUCUUCAUUAAAUCGACUGUAUAAGAUACUUGACUUUCAGGAACAAAAAUACAGAGAAGUAAUAAAAUUAUUAUUUUUUUUUGGCAUCAUUGGACAUUCAGCAUAUCAGAGGAGCUUGCUUUUGAAGCUUCCCGAGCUAAGAUUUGAAAACUUCACUGGUGCUCAUUUAUACCGUGGACUAUAAGCAUGAGUGAAUUCUGGUUGUGUUUCAACUGCUGUAUUGCAGAACAGCCUCAGCCUAAAAGGCGCCGGCGGAUUGACCGAAGUAUGAUUGGAGAGCCAACGAAUUUUGUGCACACGGCUCAUGUAGGAUCGGGAGACCUAUUCAGUGGAAUGAAUUCAGUUAGCUCCAUUCAGAACCAGAUGCAGUCCAAGGGGGGCUACGGGGGUGGGAUGUCUGCCAGCGUGCAGAUGCAGCUUGUGGAUACGAAGGCUGGAUAGCCCCGAAUCCUGGCUCCCGUCAUUGUGAAUUUGUUUUCUCUUUUCACUCUUUAAUUUGUUGUUGUGAUUCCUUUUCCAAUACAAACAAGAAGUGUGAUGGCAUCUUGUUCACCCUGUUGUGAUUCCUCCAGUGAGACGUUCUUGUUCUGCUCUGCAGAAGCUGUCGUCAGAUGAACCCUGCAUUUCCUUCGACUGGCAUGCAUGCCUUUGGACUCACAGACUUUGAAUCGUGGCUUCAUUUUUAUCAAUUAUAUGGAUCUGAUAGUAUGGUCUCUUUUGUGAAUGCUCGCACUAUUUUGCAUUUUUCUCCCAUUUUAAAUGUUUCUAUUUCCAUCUCCAGCCCUCUGCCUUAUGAGUUUGUUGGUAAGGUAGGACCUGCUUUUGUUAAUUUGUCACCGUUUGUAUAUUUUGGAAGGUAGGACAUCCACAAGCACAAUGAUCAUUUUUAUUCGUUUGAAACUUGAGCAGAAUCAAUAUCCGCAUGCUUUAUGAAGUUGCUUUGUCUGGGAGCCCAUGGGAGGCCAGAAAUGAGUGUUUCUUUGCUGCCGUUAGAGAGGGAUUAGCUGUGGCACCGAGUCACGUCAGUUUCACACACACAAAGGUGACCUGUAGCUUAUUUUAGAACUAAAAUCUGGCAUUCAUAAGGUGUUCAUUUGGUUGUAAAUGUUCAAUAUAUUUAUUCUGAGAGUGAGGACCUGUAUUUGUGAACAGGUGUGGUUGUGUAUCAGAGUGUUGUGGUGAUGCCCUCAUCCAGUCUCAUUGUGUACUCAUUCUGUUUUUACUUGUUAUUUUAAUAUGAUGGGAUCCAUGUGUUUCCACUAACUUAACUCCUGGCCGGUACUACUCACUGCAGAGUCAUUGGCCUUUCCAUAUUCAGACCUGUUUUGGGGCCGUGGAAGUUAACCCAGAGCAAUAUAAUGACUUGGCUGAAUCGUUGCCAGUGAAAAUCUGUAUGGUGAUUUGUUAGGACAUUGGUGAGAAACCAUUGCUCAGGCUCCAAAAUGUUUAUUCUUCAUAAAUUAUGUGUAUUUCAGAUAUUUCUGUAAGUACUUUCCCUUCUCUCUGAGGGCGUGGUGUAUGUAUUCUCAUUAAAAUGUUUAAAUCCUCUGUCCAAUACAGUCCUAACUACAUUUAGGAUUAAUAUUUUAUGCAGCAAAUGGGACUUAGAUGAAAAGUGGGACUUAGAUGAAAAUGUAGACAGCUAAGAAAUUUGGUGAAUAAUUCUUUUCUUUGCAUCUUAGUCCCAGGUUCUUACGAACCAGGUAACUGGAUAAAUAGCUUAUAUAGGCAAACCAGGAGAGUAGUGCUUCCGAAUAGAGUGCUUGUAUUCCUACAGUUGGAGGCUUCAUAGGUGUCAGUCCCAGAGAGAAUCUGUCGAGGAAAUAUUCAUGCUUAGUAAUUGAAAAACAGGCAGUUUGCAGUUUAAUUUACUGUGUGGAUACUGCGUUCUGGGAUUGGGAUUUGCUGAGGACCCAUGUCGUUUUUUUUCAGCCAGAGUCUGUGUCCUGCCAGGGACACUGCUUUGUACAAGGUCUUACAAGACAGAUUGGAUUUUCUGGGCCUUGUCCAUAGUGAUGCCCUUUAGUCUGUUUUGACUUUUAAAAUUAGCAGAACUUUCAUACUUGUCCUAUAACUCCUGGAUUCACAAUACAGAGAGCCCUGCUCCUUUUUCUUGAACUCACUUGAUUUUACUUCUGUGUGGACCAAAUACUCCAGUGAGUACUGGAGCGUACCUCCAUGGUAAGAGCGUGUAACUGACCUACAGUAGCCACACUGUGUGCAAGAACAGAUGCCAAGGAAGGUGCCAAUAAAUGCAAGAAGAAAUGACAAAAAAUUUUAAUAUACUAACCUUGGACACAUUUUUUAGGGAGGCUUUUGAAGAGUGUGAAGGGUGGCAGUUUCCCCACAUCAUCCGCAGAUUGUAACUCUUGGGCCAUGUGUCUCAUUUUAAAAUUGAAUCUAAAUAAAUAGGAUUGACUGUUAGUACUACAUGCUAACAAUUAGCACGGAAAACUGAAUGAAGGUUUAACCAAUGCCCUGGAUUCUGUUAGUGAUCUGCAUUCUAUAAAAGAGGUGCUUUCCCAUGAUGUAGGCGUGAAGUGGUGCCAAUAAGAAAAGUUCACUAUGGUGAUUGGAUUCAGCAUUUCCAAUGCAGCAUUAUCUCGCCUUUAAAGAUAUUUUGUGAGUAUAUAUUAGCUUUCACUUUUGUUAUUAAAUUAUAGCAGUUUCAUUAUAGAGAGCAAGUUUGCCUUGAUUUUGUUUAAAAUGACUUCUGCUCAGCACCCAGAAGAUAAAAUUGACAUAUUUUUAUAAUAUAAGCAUACUUUUUUUGUACAUUGUGUUCAUUCAGUGUUGGCUUGUAGAUAUUAAAAGAAAGUAUUGAUUUUGAUUGAAUAAAUGUUUUCUUUCCAU